GAAGGACUCAGCUAUGAGACAUCACCAUUUCAGCUUGCAUAAUUAGAAAAGAUUAGACUCAAAAACUAACUUUUUACAAGUUUAAUGCUACUUUGGCAAUAGCUGUUGGUGCAUUUAAAAAGUUCACAACAAUGGAUAUCAGCACCAUGUCAAACAUCACAGAGACCUCAACUGUUACCACGGAGAACAAUGUUACAAUGGUGAAGGAUAUAAUCAAGCUACAUGCCCUUUCUCUUUGGUUACAAAUGACCAGUGACUUGGUGAUUAUCAUGUUUAUUGUAAUCAGCAAUGGGUUAGUAUUGUGGACAGUAUACAAGGUGUCAUCAUUGCAUACAAUUACCAGCAUCUUUAUCGUGAAUCUCUCCGCUGUUGAUCUGAUUUCUGGUGUUGUUGCCGUCCCUAUUAACUGUGUGACGAAUUACAUCAUACCACUGACAACAGGGACAUACACUGAUAACAAAUAUUUGUGUAUACUGAAGACUUUCUUGCUUCUCCUUUGCAUUGGGUUGUCCAUAUAUGGUCUUGUGGCUAUUUGUAUUGAGCGCUAUAUAGCAGUUAUUCAUCCAUUACGAUACUACACCUUGAUGACCGCAAAAAGAAGUAUAGUUUUGUUGGCAUGUAUCUGGAGUUAUUGUUUUAUUGCAUGUGGGCUCAUGUUCUUUGAUGGUUUCAAUACAUAUCAAGUAGGACUACAGUGUUCAACUCAUAACACUUUAAAUCCUACUUAUUUUAUGUUCUUAAAAUUGAACACUUUAGUGCCCUUCCUUGUUACCAUUGUUGUGUAUUCACGUAUAACAUGGGUGGCUAUGAAGCAUCGCUUAAAGAUCCAAAGUGUUUUGGCGAGUAUAGAUAAUGCAAGAGCAGUUGCAUACAAUAAUGAUCGCUAUGUGGCUCUUACAAUGGGAUUUGUCCAAGGUGUAUUUCUGUUGAUGUAUACACCAUUUAUCAUCUUAUCAUCCUUACCAAUGCAUAAAUACAAAACUAUGAGUUGGUUUACCACAGUAUGGUAUGUCACAUCUGCCUUGUUGUACAUAAACAGCGGUGUGAAUCCUUGGAUAUAUGUUAUAAGACUCAAACGAUAUAGAGAUGCGAUGAAAGUGGCUCUGAGACUGACAUCCAUUCAGGAUACUGAAUUGACAGUGAGCACUAUAACAACAUGAUUAUCUCAGAAAGUGAACUUUAGCAGGAGGUCAUAGUGAAAAUAACUUUAGAUCUGCCUGGACAAUAACUCUAACUCUUUCUCAGAUUUGGCCCACUUGUAUUUAAGUCGAUACAUUAUGGCAUGGCGUUUCUUCUCAAGAGGGAACUAUAUGCUACCCAUUUUUCAUUCAUUGACCAUUUUCUGGCUACUUGAAUAAACACAGCUAGAUUUGAAUCACUUUGAAUUUUGGUGCUUUGUGAUAUCACAUAAUGUAAAUCAAUCAGAAAUGUAAUGAUAAAAUUAUGAUAUCCACCUACAGGCCUAAAUGUUUUAAACGAGGACUUUUUGUAACAUAACAAUUUUAAGAAUCAAAAAUGACUGUGCA